AUGCCGCAGCUGGACGCCGGCGGGGGCGGCGCGGGCGGCGGCGGCGACGACCUCGGCGCGCCCGACGAGCUGCUGGCCUUCCAGGACGAGGGCGAGGAGCAGGACAAGAGCCGCGACAGCGCCGCGGGCCCCGAGCGCGACCUGGCCGAGCUCAAGUCGUCGCUCGUGAACGAGUCCGAGGGCGCUGUGGGCGGCGCGGGGGGCCCGGGGCCCGGCGCCGAGGCCGAAGUGGCGGCGGAGGCGCUCGGGCGCGAGCACGCUCCGCAGAGGCUGUUCCCGGACAAGCUCGCCGAAUCCCUGGAGGAAGGCCUGAAGUCCCCCGAGUGCGCCGGCGCCAUGUACAAGGAGACCGUGUACUCUGCCUUCAACCUGCUCAUGCACUACCCGCCCGGGCCGGGGGCCGGGCAGCACCCGCACCCGCAGCCGCAGCCCCCACUGCACAACAAGGCCAGUCAGCCCCCCCAUGGUGUCCCCCAACUGUCUCCUCUCUACGAACAUUUCAGCAACCCACACUCCACACCUGCACCCGCAGACAUCAGCCAGAAGCAAGGCGUUCCCAGACCUCUGCAGACCCCUGACCUCUCCAGCUUCUACUCGCUGACCUCGGGCAGCGUGGGACAGCUCCCGCACACUGUGAGCUGGCCCAGCCCUCCUCUCUACCCCCUGUCCCCUUCCUGCGGAUAUAGACAGCACUUCCCUGCCCCCACUGCAGCCCCUGGCGCCCCCUACCCCAGGUUCACUCACCCAUCCUUGAUGCUGGGCUCUGGUGUACCUGGCCACCCUGCAGCCAUCCCCCACCCUGCCAUUGUGCCUCCCUCAGGAAAGCAGGAGCUGCAGCCCUAUGACCGCAGCCUGAAGACACAGGGUGAAUCCAAGGUAGAGAAGGAAGUGAAGAAGCCAACCAUCAAGAAACCCCUCAAUGCCUUUAUGCUGUACAUGAAGGAGAUGAGAGCCAAGGUCAUCGCAGAGUGUACACUGAAGGAGAGUGCUGCCAUCAACCAGAUUUUGGGCCGCAGGUGGCAUGCACUGUCGCGGGAAGAGCAGGCAAAAUAUUAUGAGCUGGCCCGCAAGGAGAGGCAGCUACACAUGCAAUUAUAUCCAGGCUGGUCGGCGCGGGACAACUACGGAAAGAAGAAGAGGCGGUCAAGAGAAAAGCACCAAGAAUCCACCACAGACCCUGGCUCGCCUAAGAAAUGCCGUGCUCGCUUUGGCCUCCACCAGCAGACGGAUUGGUGUGGUCCGUGCAGGAGGAAAAAGAAAUGCAUUCGGUACUUACCCGGAGAAGGCCGCUGCCCCAGCCCCGUUCCUUCCGAUGACAGUGCUCUAGGCUGCCCCGUGUCCCCAGCUCCCCAGGACUCACCCUCAUACCUCCUGCUGUCACGCUUCCCCCCAGAACUGCUUGCUAGCCCUGCUGAGCCAGCACCUACAUCCCUAGGUGUGUCUGCUACGCUCAGCCUCCCAGCCCCAGGACCCCCACAGGCCUCUCGCAGUGCCCUACAGAGCACACAGGCACAGCAGCAAGAAUCUCAGAGACAGGCAGCCUAGCGUGCACCAGACACCUGGCCUCCUCUAGGGCCCCAGCCGGAGAGCGAGCAACUGAGACCAUGAUCACAUGGAGACUGACCAGGAGCUCUGCUGACUGCCCCCCAGGGUCCUGACCCUGAAGACUGGAGAAACUGUUCAACUUUGACCUGAACCUGCUCCAGAUGGUGGCAAUCCUGUGUUUAUGUCUUCUCAUUAAGGGCACCCCUUGUGCCUAUGCCAGCCACAUGCCCACGCCUCCUGCUUUUCUGCUAUAGGUCAUAGAUGGGCUGGACUGAGCCCAGCUACCUUCUGUACCCCUGCCUCCCCAUCCCCCACUGCCCACCCUCCUCAUCCCACCAGACACCUCACGGACCAAGAAUGAGCUGGUUCACCAAACUACACGUGAGCACAGUCGCAACCACCAAGCUCAUGACGAUGCUUCUGUGAUAUGGAGAUGGAAAAGCUAUUUACGGGAGAACCAGCUGCCACUGGUGAGUUGGACCAGAGGAAGCCUCUGACCAUGUCCUCAGGAACUUUCAAGAGGAAGGAAUGGAAUAGGCUACAUUGAGGCCUGUCCACCUCCGUAACAGGAAAAAGCGGACACUACCCCAUCAGACAAGUAUAGGUGGCGGGGCAUCUGGCUCUAGUUCACAUUACUGGGAAAUGCUUCCUGAGGAACUUGAUGGUCUAAGCAGCUCUGACGCUGCCACAAGCCUUCCAUGAGCAGCUGCAGUCAGCAGUUCAGGCAGGGCUCCAGGCUGCUGUGUACUGCUCGUUUAAAGCAUCUUCACAGUAACACUUCCCGCUCACUGAAGUCCAUCGAGCCAGCUCUCGGGCAGCUGUGAGAGGGCAAAUCAAGAGCUCCUGCUCUCCAAAGCCAUCUCUUGGCAUUCAGCCAGCCUCAGUUUCCCUAUGGGGCUGCAGAAGGAGGACCACUGCAACCAAACCCAGGAGCCCAGAAGACCCCUAGUGGCGAACACUGGGGUUUCACUAUGACCUUCUUUAACCCAUUUUUGAGCCAAGCUUCAAUGCUGAGCCUUGAAAAAACAAAUCUUGUUAAUUUAAUCUUGUUUGUGGCCGCCUCCUCACUGUACAUAGCCUGAAUCCAAAGAAAAGGGGCUGUCUGUAGUCACACACACCCCUUAAGAAAAGCCCUUCGUUCCUACUUCAGCUGCUGGUUUCCAGAAUCCAAAGAUCACAUACUCUCUAGUGUAGUGCUGCAAGAAGCCUUGAAAAAAGGACCACUGUAGUGUUCAAAAUAUUUUUGUAUUGUUAAUGCAUCCUCACCAAAAGACUUUUUUAAACAGAAUAAAGUUACAUUUUUACUGGGUUUGUUUUUCCCGAGC